GUUCACAGUAAAAGCUGCCAGUUCUGUUGCGCCCUAUUUAAUGGUCACUACAGAAAUAAUGUAUUUUAAAUGGCGUGUUGAAGUGGACAGGCUCAAGGCAGGGCAGGUUUGCUCCCAGUCUGUUCUCUCUGAUAAGAUGUGUUUGUUUACCUUCUCACUCUACCACUUGACUCUGUAACAGUCCCAUAUUUCCUGGUGUCCAUUCCAUUCACUCCAUCGCUGCGAGACAAUGAAGGAUACACACACCCUGCUCAAUCUGCUUCUGCUGCUAGUGUACCUAGCAGGAUCAGCUGUGACCACUGAUGGAGGGAAGGACAGUACUGGUGGUCCCUUGGAACUAACCAUUGUGGGACCUGACUUUGUGACUGUGGGCGUGCCAUGCAGUUUUGACUGUGCCGCCCAGUGCUCUCCCUCCUGUAGCUACAGAAUGAGUAUCGACGGGCAGAUUGGACAAGGCAACGAGCUGUUCUUCACAGCUCGCCAAUGGGAGGAGUCCCUAAACCUCACAUGCACCGCAAGGAAUGAUGACUCUGGAAGGUCCUCUACAGUAUCUAAGACACUCCAGGUUUUAGCUGGACCAACCAACAUAUCGAUCACAGGCCCUGACUUGAUGACCCCAGGGGCCCCACAAAGCUUCCAGUGUUACGCCGACUGCCGUCCCUCCUGCAACUACACCUGGGGGAUAAAUGGCCGAUGGGUCGGGGGACAGGGGAACGAGAUUACUGUAACUCCCGAAGAAUUGGCCACCUCUGUUACCCUGAACUGCAAGGCCAUCAACAGUGUGUCUGGGCUCUAUGACAUGGCAACAAGGACAAUACCUGUGACAUAUGGUCCCUUGGAACUAACCAUUGUGGGACCUGACUUUGUGACUGUGGGCGUGCCAUGCAGUUUUGACUGUGCCGCCCAGUGCUCUCCCUCCUGUAGCUACAGAAUGAGUAUCGACGGGCAGAUUGGACAAGGCAACGAGCUGUUCUUCACAGCUCGCCAAUGGGAGGAGUCCCUAAACCUCACAUGCACCGCAAGGAAUGAUGACUCUGGGAGGUCCUCUACAGUAUCAAAGAUACUCCAGGUUUUAGCUGGACCAACCAACAUAUCGAUCACAGGCCCUGCCCUGAUGACCCCAGGGGCCCCACAAAGCUUCCAGUGUUACGCCGACUGCCAUCCCUCCUGCAACUACACCUGGGGGAUAAAUGGCCGAUGGCUCGGGGGACAGGGGAACGAGAUUACUGUAACUCCCGAAGAAUUGGCCACCUCUGUUACCCUGAACUGCAAGGCCAUCAACAGUGUGUCUGGGCUCUAUGACAUGGCAACAAGGACAAUACCUGUGACAUAUGGUCCCUUGGAACUAACCAUUGUGGGACCUGACUUUGUGACUGUGGGCGUGCCAUGCAGUUUUGACUGUGCCGCCCAGUGCUCUCCCUCCUGUAGCUACAGAAUGAGUAUCGACGGGCAGAUUGGACAAGGCAACGAGCUGUUCUUCACAGCUCGCCAAUGGGGGGAGUCCCUAAACCUUACAUGCACCGCAAGGAAUGAUGACUCUGGGAGGUCCUCUACAGUAUCUAAGAUACUGCAGGUUUUAGAUGAUGGAAAAUCCAUGGCCACACAGGCUGAACAGACUAUAGACCUGCUUCUGUUCACAUUCACACUCUCACUCUACACCGUAAUAUCAACAUAAUCCAGGAAAAGGUGGUUUUAUACAAGGAAGUGAUCUGUUCUCCACAUGCAUAUCUGAAUAAUUUGAAAACAUGUCAUCAUUAUUACAGACAGUGAUGGAAGAUGUGGUUUAUUGGUAAAGAACAAACAGUGCCUCUCAUAUCAGGAUGUUAACGAUAUUUGCUGAUGAUAAGUGAAGUGGAAAGGCUUGGCUGAAUCUUUCACUAUCAAAGCACUACGUGUGUUUGUGCAAGUAUCAUCACGAGUAUAGCCUAUUUGGAUUAAAUAUUUAAUAAAGACACAUAUACAUUAAUUUAGUAACAUGUCUUUUUUGCAAUGUGUAACUGUUUCCAUACUUGAGAUGGAGUUGAAACCUGCAAGCAUGCCAUCUUCAUGGAAGGCACAGACUUUGAAGUAAUGUAUUUUAAAUGGCGUGUUGAGGUGGACAGGCUCAAGGCAGGGCAGGUCCAGCUCAACACGCCCUUUCAAAUACAUUACUUCAAAGUCUGUGCCUUUGGAAAAAUUAUAAAACAUUUAUGUAGAUCGGGGGGCACUAAAGGUCUGUAAGAAAGGAGGUUGAACACUUUGUACCUUGAACUUGUUUGUCCAAAUAAUUUACACUCCUAGUAUUUGUCUACAAACUGCAUUACUGCAAUAAACUAUAUGACAAACUGUUUUUGAAAA